GGAUAUGACGCCUUUAAGAUUGCUCGCGCAAGGAAGUUGUCAUUCUUCAACGGGAAGGGUUGUGGUCACGCGCCAAAAUAGUUGCGGGAAAACCAAACUGAAUCCAGGAGAGAAGCAAGAUACAGAAUUGUGCUGCACAUGAGAAAAUGAACACGGUGAUGUCCCCGAAGGCUGAAGAUGUCAGACAGGGGAUCUCUGUCAUCUGUGAGAUCUUGCAGUGUCCAAUAUGUUUGGAAUUGAUGAGCACACCUGUGUCUACUAAGUGUGACCACCAGUUUUGCAAGUUUUGUAUAAUGAAGCUUUUGGACAACAGUAGGAGAAAGGAGGCCAACUGUCCAGUUUGUAAGACAAAGAUCACAAAAAGGAGUUUGCAGGAGAGCCCUGGGUUCCAGAAAUUGGCCGAGGGAUUGCAGAAUAUGGUCCAGGCCUAUGAACAUGACACCUGCACAAACUACUUCACUGGAAUGUCCCAGGUGAGGAGACAUAUGAGUGUCACAGAGACUGUGCAGAAGAAAAACGGCCAUGAUGUCUCAUCUGAUGACGUAUGGGCUAGUGACCGUGCUGAUGACGAGGAUCAUGAGUUUUCAAUGUCCUGCUCGUCAACUAUAGCAGCCAAGGAUGGCUUUGCAACGCUCAUGGGUCUUGAAGAUUCUUGCCCUGUCAUUUCGGACGAGGGGUUUGACAGCAGCCUAGGUGACAUACCUCCAGCCACUGAAAAGCAUACCGAUGACUCUAAAGCUACCUCCACCACAGAAAAACAGAAGCCAGCAUUAGAGGCAGAAAUACCUGAGGUUGUUGAAAGAGCUCCUUCACGACCUCAAAAGCUUGGACAAAAGAUAACCACUCAUCCUCAAGAUCCACCAUGCUGUCCUGAAAAGGUCAGAAACCAACCUGUCAGACGAUCCAUGAGGAAUAACAAAAGAGAGUCAUUGCCCGAAAUGAUUGACCAGAAUCAGAAGAAAAGUCUAGAGAAAGUCUCUGAGUGGCUCAUGAAUAAUUCCUCAACAGAAGUAAACUCUGAGAAGGAGAAAAACACAGAGGGCUCUUAUGACUCAGUUUCUUUGGCAGGAAGUUGUUCCCCCUCCUCACCCUUAGAGGAUAACCUCAGAAAUAAGGACCAGAGUCCAAAGAGAGAAGAGCGUGGCAAAUGUCUUGAGGAGCUGGUAUUUGGGGCUGUUUACAAACGGGAUCGAAGAGGGAACCGCAGUUUUUCACCACAGAAUAUAGCGAUCACAGACCCUCCACCACCCUGUCCAGCUGAGGAACUCCAGAUCCUGAAGAAGAUUGCCAAAAGGAGGAUGAGAAAUAAACUGACACCUGCUGACUUUGUCAAGAGACCAAGAUCUGAGGAGAAUGAAGGUGUUAUGGAUGACCAACCAGAGAUGACAGAACCACAAGAGGAUUCUCCCAAUGAACACCCAAAAGAUACUGAAGAAGAUAAGUUGAUUGACCUGACUGGGGAGCUGAAUUCUAAUAGCUCUGACAAGCAAGGAGAAGAGCUUGAUGAGUUGCCGGAAGGUGACAACAAAGAGAACGAAGAUGUAGAGGACAGUCCUGUGUUUGAUGUGCCACUACGGGAACCUGGGAGGAAGUCAAAUAAAAAGAUGCACGGUAGGUGGCAGGACGUUGACGGGGAUUUACAAGGGAAAGUAAAGUCGGAGAAUAACGAGCAAAAAAAGCCUGCCAAGAAAAAAGGGGAAAACAUCAAGGUGGAGAAGAGCAAGGCAACCAAAUCCUUAGUCCUUGUGGGUGUCGGAGAGGGUGGAAGUGACUCUAAGAUGCCUAAGAGCAGACCGUCAGGCCAGACCGAGGUUCAGAUUGAGAGUUACCCUAGCAGUGAGGAUCCAGGAAGCCCAAUCACGAGGAGAACCAGGAGGAGUCGGAGGCUUCAACUCUUCACAGAGGAAGUACAAGGGAGUAACAAGAUCGGCACUGCAACAUCCACAAAGGUUGUCGUUCUUGAUUCAGACUGCAACGAGAUGCAGCAAUCAAAGGAGGCGAAAGCUGACACCGACAGGGAUAAUGUGGCGUGUUUGCAGAACCAAAAUACAGAAAAGGCUAUCAGGAAAAACGGAUGUGUUUUAGAUGAAGAAAUGGGAGGUAUUGAGAGCUUGGACUCUAGCGAGAAAAGAUUGUGUGAAAUGAUUGAGUCACAGAAAGUGAACCAAGUUGAGGAGUCUAUUGUCGAAGUCCCAAGUACAGGAAGUCCUUGUCACGCAGAUGUUGCUUGUUCAGUGACUAUGGUACCAAGUUCAAUUAGUACCCCUGAGGCAAGUGUCUCAUGUGCCGUGCCUGAGAGUGUAAACCAAAGUAAUCCGGUUAUCAAACCAUUAGAUGACUUGAGAUCAAAUGUACCACAAGAGACGUCAGCCAGCCAGGCCAAAUGCAUUGAUCUGGAUGAGGAUGUCCGGAAUGACAGUGAGCUGGACACUGAGCAACUGCUGAAGAGCUUCAAAGCCACCAAAAGGAAGUCCUUCCACCUUGGUAGUCCAAAUAUCAAGAGGAGUUCCUUCUGGUCCAACAAGGAGAUUACAACUCUUACAAAGACUCAAGAGAACAAACAUGUUGGCACAGAUAUGGAAGCAGGAAAUGGGCAGGGAUUUUCAAGGACAACGGAGUGUCCCACAGUCCAACAGGAAUCUGAGAAAGGGACAAUAUUCGAAAAUUCUUGCUGUAGUGAUUUGAGCCCACCUUCAAGUUCCCUCAACAAUAUUUCACAAGAAAAGGCUCAGAGGAAUCGUAAAAGGCUCAGAAAAUCCAUUCUUACCAGACCACCUCAGGAUUUAGUGGAUUCUUCGAACCCUGAUACCAGUGGGAAGACCCAGAAACAGAUUCUGGCCAGGCUUUCUGGCAACAGCUCAAAAAGUGCCCUCAGUCCCAACAAAGUCACAAAAAGCCAAAUGGAAUCUCCCCACCAAGCUGUGGGUUCUGGUCUGCUCUUUCCAGCUUUUGGCGCCUCUAAGGAAGAUCUACCAGAUCCGACACCUGUAGCUUCAAAGCAACUUAGAGUCCCUAAAAGUCAGCAGCUAUACAAAGUGGAGGGCAGCAUGAGGAAAAGUCCAACAGAACUGGAGAGUAGCCACAGUGUUGGAUCAGAGACGGCAGUGGAGUUAAACAAAACAUGUCCAGAGAACAUGACUGGAAACAUGGCCAAUACAGAGUCCUCCUUGACUCCAGAUGGCCUCCUUCCAAUUAUCCAAUCAGUAGUUAUCCAAGAGGCGCAGAGGACGAAAAGAUGUGGUGUGGUCAGCUUGCACUCUCCCAUCAAGAGCACCCUAAAGCGGAGGAAGGCUCAGAGACUGGAGUCUUCCUCGGAGUCCAACUGCAGUGGGGAGGAAGAGGAACUGCCUUCCCUUGCGCAAAUUUUCAGACCUUCGACUUGUCCACCAACCGCUGAGGAGGAGGAGGAGGAAUCAGUCACAUUGCUCAAAGACCAUGCCAGGGAACAAGGAAGCUACAGGGAGGCUGGUGAUGCAGCUGAAGAUGGGCAGCGAGCGAGCAGUCCUCCCAUGUGCCCCAGUCCCGAAUGGGUCACCACCAGCCAGGCAUCUGUGGAUCUGUUUGGAACACCAGAAGAAGCUGAAGGAAUGGCAGGUGACACUGGCCUGACACAGGAAUCAUCACAAUUUUCAAGCGAGUGUAUUGCCACUCAGCAAAAGGUUGCGAUGCAGGAGGAGCUGCGGAGGCUGGAGAGAAUGAUGGCGUUGGUGUCUGAAGCGCUCCAGGAGAAGGAGGAGGAACCCACUGGGGCCAAAGUCUACCCCGGGGCCCCAUAUCCCCCAGCGCUGCUGCAACCAGACAGGUCCACAGUCUCCUUAGGCCUUGAUCUCCAGGUGACCCUGCCGUGUGGCCAGGGCACCAGGAAGAGAUCUGCCAGCAGGGAAGGUGCCCAAAACAUUGGGGGAAAUGCAGCCUCACCGCCCCCUGGUCUUGGAGACUGUGAGGGCCUUGGGCCCACCCCCACCACGCCCUGCCGCACCAAACAUGAGGGACCUGGAGGGACUGGAGCAGGGCAGCUUGGCAGACAGUCAGGACGGAGCCUAAGGAGCAGCAUGAGAGCGAGGCCCAACCAGGUGUCGCCAGUGGUCAGAGUGCACUGCGGGACCAAUGCUCCCUCAGCUGGGCUGGAGGUCCAGGAUACCCCGGUGGUCAUCCAGCCUGCAAACACACACCCGUCAACACACACUCCACUGCGGGAACCCGCUGGGGUCAAGUUGGUGCUGGUAGCAUCAGGACUCAGUGCACCUGAACAGUCGAUGGUGAAAAAGUUUGCCAAGAGGAUGGGAGGCAGUGUGUGUUCACAAGUGACGUCCGAGACCACCCAUGUCAUCAUGAACACAGAUGGUGAUCUGGUGUGUGAGCGCACGCUCAAGUACUUCCUGGGCAUCGCAGGCAGGAAGUGGGUGGUGAGCUUCCAGUGGAUUUCCGAGUGUUUCAAACAAGGGACAGUCUUAAAUGAGAAUAUUUUAACCCUUCGUCGCCCCCAACCCACACAGACGUCAUUUGAGGUGCGAGGAGACGUUGUGAACGGACAUGAUCACCAAGGGCCGAUGAGAGCACGGACCACAGGGGACACAAGUCUGCUGAUGAAGGAUUACGAGAUCUGUUUCCAAGGCCCUUUCACCGAUAUGACCACUGGUCAGAUGGAGUGGAUGGUGGAGCUUUGCGGCGCAACAGUGGUUCAAGAGCCUCUUCUCUUCACUGGUGAACUGAAAACUCGUCAACUAAUAGUGGUACAACCAGGCUCGGACCAAUCACCAAUAAACUACCAAGCCCUCCAGAGGAUAGCCACGGUCAUCACCCGUGGUUGGGUAUUUGAUUCCGUGGCAACCUACACCCUUCAAAGCCUCGACAACUACAGAACGUAACCUUCAGACCUGGUGUCACAUCCAAAUCGCUCCGCUGGCCUGGACCCACUCCACUCGGUUCACUGGUGUGAUACACAAAUCGUUCCCUGGUCUGGAUCCUGUCACUAGAGGCAGUCCCCAGUGUCACGUCCAAGUGGCUCCCUUGCCACCCUCUUUCUUAAUACAGUGCCUUCAGAAAGUAUUCAUACCCCUUGACAUAUUACACAUUUUGUGUUACAGGCUGAAUUCAAAAUGGUUUAAAUAUUUUUUUAUCUCCCAUCUACACACGAUACCCUGUUAAUGGCAAAGUGAAAACAUGUUUUUAAAAAUGUUAGCAAAUUUAUUGAAAAUUAAAUGCAUAAAUAUUUAAUUUACAUAAAUAUUCACACCUCUGAGUCAAUACUUUGUAGAUGCACAUUUGGCAGCGAUUACAGCUGUAACUAUUUCUGGGUAAGUCUGUUCUUUUCAAAAUUCUUCAAGUUCUAUCAAGUUGGUCGUUGAUCGUUGCUAAACAUCCAUUUUCAGGUCUUGCCAUAGUUUUUCAAGUAGAUAUAAGUCUAAACUAACUCAGCCACUCAGGAACAUUCAAUGUCCUCUUGGUAAGCAACACCAGUGUAGAUUUGGCCUUGUGAUUUAGGUUAUUGUCCUGAUGAAAGGUGAAUUCAUCUCCCAAUGUCUGGUGAAAAGCAGACAGAACCAGGUUUUUCUCUAGGAUUUUGCCUGUGCUUCAUUCCUUUCCCUUUCUUUUUUAUCCUGAAAAACUCCCCAGUCCUUAAUGAUUACAAACAUAUAUUUAACAUGACAGUCACCACUCUCCUUGAAAAUAUGGAGAAUUGUACUCAGUAUUGUGUUGUAUUGGAUUUGCCCCAAAUACAACACUUUGUUUUCAGGACAAAAAGUGAAUUGCUUUGGCAAUUUUUUUUGCCGUAUUACUUUAGUGGCUUACUGCAAACAGGAUGCAUGUUUUGGAAUAUUUUUUUGUGCAUGCUUUCUUUUCACUCUGUCAAUUUGUUUAGUAUUGUAGAGUAACUACAUUGUUGUUGAUCCAUUCUCAGUUUUCUCCUAUCACAGCCAUUAAACUAAACGGUACGGUUUUAAAGUCACAAUUGACCUCAUGGUGAAAUCCCUGAGCGGUUUCCUUCCUCUCCGGCAACUGAGUUAGGAAGGACGCCUGUAUCUUUGUUGUGACUGGGUGUACAGAUACACCACAGCAAUAGGUACCCUUUUGCGAGGCGUUGGAAAACCUCCCUGGUCUUUGUGUUUAAAUCUGUUUGAAAUUCACUGCCCGACUGAGAGACCUUACAGAUAAUUGUGUGGGGCACAGAGAUGAGGCAGUCAUGAAAAAGAUCAUGCUAAACACUAUUGCACACUGAGUGAACCCAUGCAACUUAUUAUGGGAACUUAUUUAGCCUUGUCAUAACAAUACUUAUUGACUCUAGACAUUUCUGCUUUAAAUUUGUAAUUAAUUUGUCAAAUGUAUGGGGUAUUGUGUGUAAGCCAGUGACAUCUCAAGGUAAUCCAUUUUAAAUUCAGGCUGUGACACAACAAAAAAAAAAUGAAAAAAGUUGAGGGAUGUGAAUACUUUCUGAAGCCACCGUAUGCCUAAGAGACAAUCCAUGAUCAACCAGUUCAAAAGAUUACAGCACUUUACCCCAUCCCCCUGGGGUUGACUUGUUUUUGUCACCAUGACUACAUGACUUCCUUUAAAAUAGUUGUUAUGCAGUCGCUUUGUGUUAUAACUAAACUCUGUGUGAUGUACAUAAAUGUAACGUUCUCUUACUUAAAACAACUCGCAUGGAAACAAAUGAUAUAUUUUUGGACCCUGUGAGAAUGAGAAACCAAUGACCUGAAGAGAGCCA